GAAAACUGUAAACAAACCGCUGUUUACGAAGAUGCCUCAGCUGUUAUGUCCCACCGCCUGUUUGAACUUCGGAGCCGACGGCCGAGAGAACAUGGCAGUGACAACCAGUCUCAAAAACUUCUUGAAGACCAAGCACAUAGCGGUGCCAGAGGAGUGGAUUGCAGCCUGUGUGGAGUGGGUGCAGGCGGAGAAUCCAGGGCUAAAUUUAUCAAAUGCAAGAUUACUAAAUGAAAAAGUCUACGAACAGUGGCUUCAUGCAGAUCUAACAGAACUUGGAACAUGCUGUUUGCCGUUUGACUUAUCACAGAAAAGGACUGCAUCCCUCUCAGGGUACUUCACUUUACAGGUAAAUAGUGUACGAGAUGUGGGGCAGCCAGCCUAUGCUCAGUUGCAGAAAGUCCGUCGAGCUGAUAAUGAAAAUGCGAGAGUCAGUGCAGAGCAGUCACAUCAGCCUGCAUGGGAACCGAAGCCAUCGAGAAUGCUCAUGAUGCAGUUGACAGAUGGCACGAGUGUUGUACAGGGGAUGGAGUACCGAGUGAUUCCAGCACUGAACCAUAACCUGAAGCCUGGUACAAAGAUUCUCAUUUCGGGAAACAUUACCUCAAGGCACGGGGUACUACUUCUAACCCGUGAGAAUGUGACUGUGUUAGGUGGAGAGGUAGAGUCCCUACUCGUAACAAAUGCUCUGGAAAAUGUUCUUGCUCGAAAGCUUGGUAUGGAAGAGACACAACAGCCACAACAGUUUGAGGAUAUAGCUCCCACACAAGUUCCUCCAAGCCAAGCCUCUCAGUACUAUCCAUCACAGUUAAAUCCUACAGUAAACCGGUCCCAAAACAACAGGGUUGGAGGACUUCAAACUGUGGCAGCCAACAGGUCACAGAAUAAUGUUACAUCUGUACCAGCGAAUGACUUAGAUGACCUGGGUGAUGAUGAUUUUCUUGAUGCUGAGUUUGAGGCAGCCCUAAGUCAGAUAGAGAGCCAGGCAUCAUCUUUAGGUAGUCAGAAUGGACAUACGAGGACUAACGGUAAUAAUCAAAGAGAUGUUGGGCAUAACAGAAACAGUGCUAAUGCAAGAACAGCAAAUGGCCAGGCUGGAAAUAGAAACUCAGGUGUUGAUGAAGACUUUGAGAUGGACGUUGAUGAUUCUUUCUUCAAUGAUGAUUUUGAUGAAGAGGUGGUCCUGGCAUCUGGAAGACAGGCACAGCAGCAGUCUACAGCUAAAGCAUCCUCUAGUGGGUCUUCUCAGCAAAGAAACUCAUUUCAGUCAGCUUCUUCAAACCCUUUUACUGGCACAUCAUCCAAAAGCUCUAGUUCACAAGUAAGACCAAGUUUAAGUCAGGCUUCAAGAGCAAAAAUCACCAAACCUCCAGCAAAACAAUCGAGCCUCAAGAACUUUCUUACUAGACCUGAAGAAUCAGAAAAGGUUACCGGGAGAUCUAACUCACCAACUGUGUACACUAUAGAUGAUGACGAUUUUAUGGAUGAUAUUUCCCUAGAUGAUGAUUCCAUGAGCUCCUCUCUAUCCAAAACUUCUGCAAAUCAGUCUUCAGCAUUAAAAUUCAAAAAUGCUGCAUCAGGCAAGAUUAAAGAAUUCAAAACCCCAGGAGCUCCAGUUAGCAAAAAGCAAGAACACAGAAGUGUAGCUGACACUGUUAAACAAGAGCCACCUUUCAGCUACCUGUGUUUCUUGCCAGAAAGUCCUGCAGUGACAAAGGAAAUUAUUGUAAAGGGUUUCAUCAUGACCUUGACUUCUCGUCUGGAGCAAGUGGAAGGCAAGUGGAAACUGACAGUCAUCAUCAACGACGGAACAGCUUCAUGUGAAGUGGAUAUUGAGGACCAGAUCCUGCAAAACCUUAUUGGUAUGAGCACAGAGGAAAUGAACGUGAAGAAAGUUGAAGCAAGAACCAACCCAGCCCUGAAAGCACAGUUGGCUAAGGCAGUCAGUGGUUGUCAGCGUCAGCUGAUCUCACUCUGUAGUCUUCUUCACAUUAGAGUGUCCCCAGGUUCAUCAAGGCCCAAGUUAACGGCCAUCAAUCCUGUUGAAAAUGCAAUGGUACAGCAAUUAACACAGAGGAUAUAUAUGUUUUCUCAGAAAUAAGGGUGUACAUCUUUAUUAUAAAUUCAAAUAUUUCCUAGACCCCAAGUUAUAUGAAGAAUUAAAAAUAUUAGAAUGUAUAUGUAUAGUUAUUUGAUAUACUUCAGAGUAGAAUAUAUUGUACACUGUGCAUGUGCAUAUAGUUUUCCUUGUUAAUUUCUUUUCCAAUCAACUUUCUGAAGAUCAGUGUCCAUAUUUGUAUUUCCAAGUAAAUACACUGUAAGAAUGAU